AUGCAACAGACUAAGACAAAAGGUGGUUUUUGUCCAAAUGUGAAGUGUAGUUGUAAAGGGGGUGAAAAGAGAGAAAAGGACUGUACAUACACUGAAAACUACUUGUUCUUUGACUAUGAAGCUAUGCAAGAUACUGGUGUACAUGAGGCCAAUCUAGUUAAGGUACAUGACUUUGAAGGCAAUAGUUGGACCUUCAAUGAUAAUGAUAGUUUUUGUAAGUGGUUGAUAACAAAAGAGCACAAGGGGUACACAUGCAUAGCUCACUAUGCUAAGGCCUAUGAUUCUCAUUUCAUACUUAGACACUGUGUUGAGAAUACAAUCAAACCCUACACAAUCUAUGCUGGCACAAAACUUAUGAUGUUGGAAAUACAUUCAUUACGUCUAAGAGUGAUUGAUAGUGUGAAUUUUGUGGCUUCACCACUGUCUUCUUUUCCAAAGACUUUUGGGCUCAAGGAGUUGAAGAAAGGCUACUUUCCACACUACUUUAAUACAAAGGACAAUCAAAACUAUGUAGGACCUAUGCCUGAUACCUCAUUUUAUAGAGCUGAUACUAUGAAACCAGAUGCAAGAAAAGAAUUUUUGAAGUGGCACACAGAACGUGUUGCUGAAGGCUACACUUUUGACAUGAGAAGAGAGUUGGAAGAGUACUGUGAUUCAGAUGUGGAUAUUCUGAGGAGAGGUUGCCUUGAGUUGAGAAAGCAAUUUCUAGAGAUAGCCAAUAUUGACCCUUUCUGCUAUCUGACUAUAGCUAGUGUUUGUAUGGCAAUAUAUAGGUCAAAAUACUUGAGACAAAAUACCAUAGCAGUUGUCAAUGUAGACCAAAAGGACCAGUACAGUAAACAGUCAAUCACAUGGUUGGAGACCUUUGAUGGAGUGAGACAUGCCCUUAAUUGUGGAGAAGCAAUGAUUUGUGGAAGUAAAGUUGAUGGAUAUUGUGAACAAACUAAAACUGUAUAUCAAUAUCAUGGAUGUUUCUGGCAUGGCUGUUCAAGGUGUUACAGACCCGACACUAUCAAUAAUGUUAAUAGAGAGUCUAUGGGAGACUUGUACAUCAAGACUUGCCAUCGUACCGAGCAGUUACAGAAGGCUGGCUAUACAGUUGUUGAGAUGUGGGAGUGUGAAUGGGUAAACAAGUAUAAGAAGAUGGAUGAAGACUCCAAAGCAAAACUUAUUGAACCAUUGGAGCCUAGAGAUGCCUUUUUUGGUGGUAGAACUAAUGCUAGUAAAUUGAAGGUGAUUAGGAAGAUACUUAGGUACAUUGAUGUAUGUAGUCUGUACCCAACUGUUAUGUUUCAUGACUACUAUCCUGUAGGUCAUCCAGUAAAGUUUAAACAUCCAAAGAAGUAUAAUCCUGAAUGGUUUGGUUUUGUGAAAUGUAAGGUCUUGGCUCCAAGAGGCUUAUAUCAUCCUGUGUUGCCUGUCAAAUCAGGGAAACUUCUUUUUCCUCUCUGUAUCAAGUGUGCUCAGGAGAAGACCAAGGUUUGUAUACAUACUGAUGAACAGAGAGAAUUUAAUGGAACAUGGACAACCAUCGAGAUCAACAAGGCUCUGGAGAAAGGAUACAGAGUGAUUAAGGUCUAUGAGGUUUGGCAUUUUAAACAGAAAUCAAAUAACUUGUUUAAGGGUUACAUUAGAGACUUUAUGAAGAUCAAAUUGGAAACUUCACCAUGGCAAAAGGACUUUAAAACAGUUGAGGAAUAUAUCAUUGCUGUUGAGAAUGGUGUUGGGAUAGAGCUGGACCCACAAAUGAUUGAAGAUAACCCUGGAAAGCGUGCUGUUGCCAAGAUAUGUUUGAAUAGUUUAUGGGGUAAAUUUGGUCAAAGAACAAAUAUGACACAAACAAAGUAUGUGACAGAUGCAAAAGAGUUCUAUAAAAUAUUAUUGGAUGACAGGUUAGAUAAGACUAACAUCAGUAUUAUUAAUGAUAAUAUAGUACAAAUAUCUUAUAACAAGAAGGACCAUUUUGUGGAGAACCCAAAUAAUAUCAAUGUAUUUGUUGCUGCAUACACAACUGCUAAUGCAAGACUGAGAUUGUAUGAUAUGUUGGAUCAGCUAGGCCAGAGUGUUGUAUAUUAUGACACUGAUUCUGUGGUGUAUAUAGAUGAUGGGAGGAAUACUGUACAGACAGGUUGCAUGUUGGGUGAAUGGACAGAUGAGUUGGGCAAAAAUGAUCACAUAAAUGAUUGGAUAAGUACUGGGCCAAAAAGCUAUGCUUAUCAGACUGUAAAUGGUAAAGGGGCCUGUAAAAUCAAAGGCUUCACACUGAACCACAAAAAUGGAGAGAAGCUGAAUAUGAACUCAAUGAAGAAGAUACUUGAAGGGGAGACUAAGAAAGUGGCUAUAGAUUAUGACCAGAUAUGCCGCGAUGUGAAGACAAAGAAGCUAGUGAAUAAGCUUGUAACAAAAGAUUUCAAACUGGAUUAUGACAAGAGAGCAGUGUUAGGAGAGGUAGAUGGGGUUAUAGAUACAUUACCUUGGGGAUACUGA